AUGGCCUCCACCGCUCUAUUCCACGAUAUUCAGAGCACUGUUGCGCUGGUUAAAACCCUGACAAAUGCGCAGCUGAAGGACAUCCUAAGGAAUGAGGGGCUUGCAGUCUCUGGGGUGAAGGCGUCAUUGCAAAUCCGGAUCAUAGAUCAUAUUGACAGGCUUCGAGAAGGAGGCAAUAUCGACAAGUAUGAUAGCAUGAAGAAGUUCAUUUAUCAUACAGCGCACCGGUCGAUGCCAGCUCCUAUAAUACCUCAGCCCUCCUCCAAUCAGCAAUAUCAGCAGCCUUCGGCCAGUCAGUCUCUGCCCACACAGCAUAGAUCAUCACCCAUGAGCAUGACAGUGCCGUCGCAUGUCAUCACCCCAGUACGCGAACACACACGGGACAGCGUGGAGCUGAAAGUCGUCUUUACACCCAGGGUAGCAUCCAAAUUGCUGGCUGACCCAAAUCUGCGAGUGAUGGUGUUUUGUGCCGCAGACACGGGCCUCAAUCAGUAUACCAAGUCGGACAUAGCUUUCCCACAUCAAGUUGAGCUCAAGGCAAACCUCGACGAGGUCAAAGCAAACUUGCGAGGUCUCAAGAACAAGCCGGGUACAACAAGACCGGCGGACAUUACCAAUUACAUGCGCAGGAAAGCCGGGUACCAAAACACUGUUGUCUUAACAUUUGCUCUCACUCAAAAGAGAUUCUUUGUUCUGGUCAACCUUGUUCAGCGACAUCCAGUAGAAGAGCUUGUUACCGAACUCAAGAGAAGGAAAACAAUCUCGAAAGAACAAGUACUGCGAGAAAUGAGGAGCAAAGCGGAUGACACAGAAAUCGUUGCCACUUCGAGCGUGAUGUCACUCAAGUGUCCUUUAUCACACACCAGGAUUGCGGUUCCCUGCCGCUCGGUCAUUUGCACUCAUAAUCAGUGCUUUGACGCGUCCUCGUUCUUACAAUUACAGGAGCAAGCCCCGCAAUGGUUGUGCCCCGUGUGUUCCAAAGCAACUAGUUUCGAGUCACUGCAGAUAGACCAAUAUGUGGAUGAUAUACUCCAAACGACUCCGUUGGAUGUUGAGCAGGUGAUCAUUGAGCCAGAUGGUAAAUGGUCUAAUCCGAGUUUCGAAGGAAUGAAGAAAGCUGGCCAAUCCACACCAACGACAAACGAUGACGACGAUUUGAUAGAAAUCCAGGAACCUGGGAUGGUACCCAUAAAGCAAGAGAGUCUUCCUGCUGUCAACCUGACGCUGCAGCAGACACCACAUCAGUCACGUGAACAUUCUACAGUCUCGUCUACAGUGCCCUAUGUUAACAAGCGUCCUGUAGCCCAGGUGAUCGAUCUUACUGGCAGCGACAAUGACGACGGUGUCGACGAUGAUCUGCCUGUCAGACCGACCAAACGGCCCGCGCUGGGUGAAAUCGGAAGGAGCUUACUCCACCAGGAUUAUCAUGACUCGUACAGUCCUGGUCUUAUAGCUGGAAGAAAUCUCACGUUAUCUAGUCCGCCCAGCCCUGGAAUGUCAGUGGAAUCUUCCGACCUUCUCACCAACCAUGCUCCCGAAUCGCAUCCCCGUCUUCUCGGCGCCUCGUGUCUGGAUCUUCUCUUGAUUGAGCUCGUGCCUAUGGCCGAGCGAUUAACGAAAGAGCUCACCACAGACGACAAUGCAUUGGACGAUGAAGAAGCCAGAGAAGCGAUGUUUUUUCGACUCGAAUCUCUCGGUUAUAGAGUUGGACAAGGUCUUGCUGAACGAUUUGCUAGAGACCGUCCACGCUUUGUGGACAACUUGGAUGUGAUCAAGUUUCUUUGCAAGGAUAUUUGGACGGUUCUCUUCAAGAAACAAGUCGAUAACCUGAAGACAAAUCACCGAGGUGUAUAUGUGUUAACCGACAAUGCAUUUCGGCCGUUCUCCAGGAUGAGCACGUCUGUCAGAAGUGAAUCGGUGUCCAUGGCUCAAGCGUAUCUGUGGUUUCCAUGUGGCGUCAUCCGCGGAGCGCUCUCAAUCUUGGGCAUUUCGACCAUCGUUCAAGCAGAGACCGCGGAGUUGCCAGGGGCUACGUUUCAGAUUAAAACCGUCAAUCAGAAAUCCUGA